GAACCACGACAAAAUGGCGGAUGAUGGAGAUGUAAACAUAGGUGGAAAGCCUAUUUCUUCGCUUCGUGUAGUUGAUUUAAAGAAAGAAUGCGAUAAAAGAGGUUUGCCUAAGAGUGGGAGUAAAAGUCAACUUGUCGAACGACUGAAAACGCAACUGCUUGUUGAAAAUCUAGGAAAAGAGCAUGAAGCUCCAUCUCAAGGGUUACAGGAAGAUGAAUGCCAGAAUGAGUUUAUCAAGCAAUACCUAGCCCAGCAAAAACAACUGAUUGAACAUGUAGAAAGCUCUUUGAACAGUUCAAGUCAAGAGAGUGAUGCAGAUGACUCACCAAAAAAGCGAAAAUCUGUGGACCAGUCUCCACCAAUCAGAUCUCCACCUGUAGAAAUUUCACCAGAAAAACCAGUCCACUUUUCAGAAAAACCAGAAUCAACACCUACCCCUGCUGAAAAAACAUCUCAGGCAAAGAGUUCUAGUGAACUAAGCAAGGAGCCGGUCUCUCAGGGAAACAAGAAACCAGCUAUUGAAGAAGUUAAGGAACCAGUCUCUCAGGAAGUGAAGGAACCAACUCCAGAGAAAGGAAGGAAACCAGUCAUUGAAGAAACAAUUAAACCAGUAGAAAAGGUUCAAGACCAGAAACCAGAUGGAGAUAAGAAGGAAAGGGAACCAGUAGAAAGUAAAUCAGAAGGAGCUGUGGAAGAAACAAUGGGUAGAAGUAGAAGAAGGCUAUCAAGGCUGGAUUCAGGAUCUAAAAGCCAAGGGGACGUGUCAGAAGUAAAACCAGUGGAAAGACGAAGCAGGAGGACUAGGAACUCAGGAUCUGCUGGUGAUGAUCAUAAUAUCCCAGUUGAAGCUGUAACAGAUAAAGUCGAACCUGAGCCAGUAAAGGGCAAAGGUGAAGUGAGUGAAGUUGAAGACAAAGAAAAUAAAGAACAAACAGAUGUAGAUGCCACAGCUGCUGAUACUGGCAAACAAGAAAAUGGUGAUAUAGAAAAGGACAAAAAAGUUGAAGAGAAGAUGGACAUUACUGAGAAAGCUGAUAUAAAGAAAGUUCAAGACAGAUCUUCAUCAAGGUAAUGAUUAA